UACAGCGGCUCUUCAUGUAUGUUGUGUCAAGAGACACAUCCACUCAUCAAGUGCCCAACCUUUCUGCAGAUGACCCUAGACAUCAGAAAGAAACAUGUAAAAGACAAUAGACUUUGUUAUGGCUGUUUAAAACAAGGGCAUAAUGCCAAGGACUGCAGACGCCGCCUCACUUGUGAAACUUGCUCGAAAAGACACCCAACCUGUCUUCACAACGAAAACUACAGUAGCGGCCUGCAAAGAAAUACACAAGGUCAUUUUAAGGUUUACCUGGAAUACUGUAACAGAAAGGAGUCACACAUCACGUCUUCAGCACAACAGGAAGAUGUUUAUAGUUGUGAAAUUUACUGAAACAAAAACAGUAAACAUUAUAUCAGACUCGUGGUUUGAAGAUGGUGUGACUUGGUGGCCAAACUACAAAAGUGAUGAACGCAUCAAUGGAGCUGUCCAAAAACGGGAGGAACCAGGACCAGACUGGAAACAGUAGGAUGUUCGAGUCCUCUUAAGAGCUGGUGACUACAUGAAGGCAAAAGAAAAGCUGAGGGUGUCACUGAUCUGUAACACGUCAGAGUUACAAAGUGAUGACGAGGAACAAGUGAUUAUGAGGAAAAGAAAAAGUAAGCCAAGAUGCAGACACCCACCAAGAAAUCAAAAAUCUAAGUCACAGGCUUCAUUCAUAACAUUUCACCGAUCAAGAUGAGCCAACGGCAAAAACCCUAUUUCACGGCAACGAUCCAAGAAGAGACGACAUACCGGGACAUUGUUGUAUUCAACAAGCAGCAGCACUCUACUGUUAAUGAUAUUGCAACUAGCAAAAGCCCAGUUCUGCUCAUGAAUCCAACCAUCCGCCCUGCGUUGAACAAUCCCAAAGAGCUCUCUGUGUUGGUUGGAAGCAGUACAUUAGUGGACAUCAUACCAACUCUACACUUCAUUCACCAACAACCAAGCACCAGAAUGGAAAACACAACCAUGACCAUAGUUGAAAUAUUAGCUAAACCAAGAAAUCGACAACAGGUUAAUAUUCAAGACAUCCGAGGCAACACCACCCGUUGGCUUCAACACGAGUGCCGGGAAAUACAGAUGUCUACCUACUCCGUCGCCGACAGCACUGCCAGUAUCCUGCUGACUACGUGGAACAACAUGGACCUCAGUAUAAACACCUGGUACACCCUCUCCCCUGUCACUAUUAGGGACUUUAAAAACACCAUCUCUGUCAGCACAACACCAUCCACCACAGCAGAGACCAUCAAUCGACCCCCCAGACAUGCUGUAGCUGCACCAGUAAUGGACAACUCAGAAGAAGUCACUGGACUCAUCAUUGGAGCCAUGACUACAUCAACCAUCACCUGUCCCAAAAGGCACCCUCUUCCAAACUGUCCUCCUGGUGCACCUUUCCACAUGUGCCCUACAUGUAACCAACAUUACAUUACACCAAAGCUCCGCCACCAAUGGAAUGUUACCCUCACAUUGGAGAUAAAUGACACCACUACAAGAGAAUUGAAGAUGGAACAUACUGUCGUCCUAAACACGGCACCAAAGCACAUCUACCUGGACACAGACCCAAUCACAGUGACUGGACAUUUCCUGUCCAUAGGCUGUCACUGCUCACGCACAGAGGUAGGCCCAGAUGCAGACUCAGACACCGGAGGUAGCUUCCAAGAACAAUGGAGUUUAUUUAAGGCAGAGUAG